AUGCUUGUUGGUAUCUCUCAACUAGAGCGUCUUGUUGUUCUGGCUGGAAUCUACGCAAUACGUGCCAUUACCCCAAUCUCGUUUUUCCAUCUUUCUCUCUCGGUAUUCUGGUCUUCAUAUCCACUCAGGAGGUAUUACCCGAUUACGACAUACACUCUGAUUGAAGUGGUGUUUUACCUCUUCUUCUUUCUUCCUCGCAAAGCGUUCCUCCAAAGGCCUGCUGUCCAUCCACCUCCGCUUUCGUCAGAAGAUCGGCACCAGCUCUUUGCCCGCUGCAUAGCCCACCUCAAAGAUGAUCAAAGCUUCAAUCAAUGGUUUCUUGAUUCUCCGUCACAUGUCCCGCGAGAAAACGUCGUUCAAUGGCUUAAAUGGGGCUUCUUUGCCGGUGAACCAUGUAUCAAUGAAAAAUGCUCCAAGCAUGACGAAGAACUUGAAGAAUACGUCCAGGCUCUGGAAAAAUCGCUGGGGAAGAGGUUUCCCCCAGGACACGAUCCCAAGUUGAAGAGCAUCCGAAUCACGUUGGAUGAUGUUGUCGUGUACCAUCGACCAGUAAUCUGGUACUUUAUUGUAUGCGCUAUAGAUGUGAUUUCUUCAGCCGUACUCAGGUAUCAUGGGUUCACCCAUUAUUCGGCCCCAGUCCCGAUCUUCCCUCCGCGUCUGCACACGAUCUUCUCUACCCGCUCUCCUUCUCCCCUUCUCUCAUACUGGUACAAAGCCAGUUCAACCACCAAACAGCCCACCCCUCUGCUAUUUCUACACGGCAUUGGGAUUGGUCUCCUACCAUACCUUCCCCUCUUGAUCUUCUAUUCCAAGGCCCAUCCAGAUGCAGGUAUACUCGUUCCAGAGUUUCUCAACAUCUCAGGGCGAAUCACCCGUCCGCCCUUGUCUCCACGAGAAUUCCAGUCAGCCCUCGGGACAAUUUUCAACCACCACCAGAUAACAUCCUACAACCUUGCAGGUCACUCGUACGGCACGGGAAUAUCUUCGAUCAUGAUUCGCUCCACUGCGCAAUCCGACCACCCCCUCAUACCUCGACCGAGCUCGGUUACUUUAUUCGACCCGAUUCCUAUUCUACUGCAUUUACCUUCCGUGGCCCGAAACUUUCUUUAUAGGAAGCCCAAGAGUGCAAACGAGCAUGAAAUAUACUAUUUCGCGUGCACAGAUCCGGGUGUAGCCCAUUCCCUUUCUAGGUAUUUCUUCUGGACAGAGUGUGUGAUCUGGAAAGAGGAUUUAGACUCACUUUGGCAUGAUGAGCCGAGAGAAGGAUCUACAGAUUCGAAGCCUCGAGUCGCGGUAGUGUUAAGCGGAGAAGACAUUAUUGUUGACUCACCCGCUAUUUGGACUUAUCUUACCAAUACUGCCCCGCCUACGUUCAAGACCACCGACCUUCGACCGUUUGUUCCACCUGUCCCACACCCGGACGCGUUCGUUCCCACAACUUGCAAAGGUGGAAACAUUGAAGCAUAUUACCUCGGCGGAUUAGACCACGCUCAAAUGUUUUUGAGAAGGGAGAGCUGGAAAGGUUUGAUCAAAGUCAUCGACCGAGUUUCAAGGGACUAG